UCCUCUGGGGCUCUCGGUCCCAGCUCCGCGAAGCGCGCGGCUUUACAUCCCCUUCCUUCUCCUCCAGCCUGGGCUGCAUGAGCUGGGGGCGGGCGCCCCUUGUCCUGCUCGGCGGAGGGGUGAGUCUUGCCCCGCCCCUUCCGGUCUCCAAGUUUCACUGGGCUUCUGCACCCCGAAGCGCCUAGGGAGGGUCCGACGGGGUGUUCCAAGUGUCUGCCACGCUGCUCGUGUCGAUUCUUUGGAUGCCCGCGCUGCUGCCUCUGGCUUCCCGCCUUCUCUUGCUGCCCCGAGCCUUGCUGUCCAUGGCUUCUGGAAGCCCUCCAUCCCAGCCUUCUCCGGCCUCGGGCUCCGGCUACGUUCCAGGAUCAGUUUCUGCAGCCUUUGUCACUUGUCCCAGUGAAAAAGUCGCCAAGGAGAUCGCCAGGGCGGUGGUAGAGAAGCGCCUGGCAGCCUGCGUCAACCUCAUCCCGCAGAUCUCGUCCAUCUAUGAGUGGAAAGGGAAGAUCGAGGAAGACAGUGAGGUGCUGAUGAUGAUUAAAACCCAAAGCUCCCUGGUCCCUGCUCUGACAGAGUUCGUUCGAUCUGUGCACCCUUACGAAGUUGCUGAGGUGAUUGCAUUGCCUGUGGAGCAGGGAAAUCCCCCGUACCUGCAUUGGGUGCACCAGGUCACAGAGUCCGUUACAGAUUCUGGCAUAGCCCCCUCCUCUGCUUAAUGCCCCCUGGUUUCUAGGUGACGACUGAGCCCUCAAUAAAUCCUCUUCUGUUCUGUC